CUACUAAUUUGAAGGGGUUUUGUAUAUACUUUUGUAUAAUGUAUCUAGUGAACAUAAGACUGUCAGUCCAGGACAGUUUGAUCUGCUGGCUUUGCUUUGCUAUGAUAUCUAUAUUUAGCAUGAUUUGUAGAUUUCUUCUGUUUGAGAAGUCUAAUCUUUUGUAAAACUCAGAUAAAAAAUACACACAACAAAAAUGCAAUGUUGAGACAAUAAAAAGGAUAGAUAUGACUUUAAAGGUGCAGUUCUAGAAAUACAUAUCCCAUGUCUUCCUGAGCUGAUCCCUCUGCUGUCCAGCAGUGGAUCCUGAAUUGUAUUUAUUUCCCCCCUCUUUGGGCUCUGUGGUCAGGUUAUAGAGCUCAAAUCCAAGCUGGAAGAGUUAGAAGCUUAGAGACCAGACGUCAGAUAGUCACAAGGUUUUAUGUCGGUCUACCCGAGGGACCAGCUAUCUAUCACCUUAGUACUAGUUCAAGUUCAAGUUUUAUUGUUACAUACAGUACAGUGAAGUACUUAACUUACAUACUAUCUAACAGCUUCAUGGUUUCAAUCUCAACUCUGUUUCUGUUUUUUUGUUCUUCCAAGAGAACAGCCUUCCAUGGUGAGUGCUGCUGGUUGCUUAUAGUCAUCAUAAAGGCAUUUGACAGGCUGUAUUUAUGUUGUUGUUGACAAAAAACAUUUGGACAAAUGGAUGGAUUUUCUUCCCAUAAUUGAUAAAACAUAAAAGUGAAAUUGUUCAUUGAAACAGUGAAUACCCCUACCCACCACUCCGUGUUGGACAUACUGUUUAUUGUUGUUACUCUGACUGACAAUAAAUGUUUUCUUGCUCUGUUUCAGAACUCGAGGCGAAGGAGGCGUGUGAUUGGCUACGAGCGGCAGGAUUCCCCCAAUACGCUCAGCUCUUUGAAGACUCUCAGUUCCCCAUCGACAUCUCUCCUGUGAAGAAAGACCAUGACUUUCUGGACAACGACCUGGUGGAACCUCUCUGCAGACGACUCAACACCUUGAACAAGUGUGCCUCUAUGAAACUAGACAUCAACCUUCCUAAGAAAAAGAGUGAAGACUCUGAUGAGGAGGACCUGUUUGCCAUCAGUGACAGAUGGAAGUUUGAGUGGACGAGCCGCCGCUGGUCCAGACUAAAGGGGGAGGGGCGGAGUCCCAGGGAGGGGGAGGGGCGGGGCCUGCGGAACACUACCAGUAGCGAGAGUGUUCUAACUGACCUCAGCGAACCAGAGGUCUCAUCUCUCCACAGUGAGAGCAGUGGGGGGAGUGGCCACCAGACUGUGAGCACAGAGGAUUCAGACUGCUCUAACCGGAACUACUCCGACUCUGCAGUCAUGCCUGAACCUGACUCCAACUCCCUUACCCUGCCACACCUCCCUAAGCAUCUCCCGUAUUACGGCUCGCUGCCCACCAAAAACGACCGCGCCGGACGGACCCGAGCCAAGGACUUCCUGCGCCGCAUGGAGACGCUACGUUCCCGGGGCACGUUGGAUAGGGGGCGGAGCAAGAUGCUGGUUAUCAGCACUCCGGUACUGCAGAUGGAGCCGCAGGCCCUGAAGACGAUGCGCUGUGUGGAGAUCACCAAUGGGGACGGGUCGGGGGCGGAGGUACCCACUGGGGGACCAAUCCUAGGGCUAACACCCCAGUGCCCCUCCAGCAGCGAGGGCAGCCACUCCAGCGGCAGCACCGUCUCCUCCCCCAGUCUGAAGGAGAGGAAGCCCCACUCCCAGCGGACGGACCGGUCCGACGCCAAGCGCAGUGGCAUGUAUCUGGAGGACUUGGCCAUGUUCUCCAGCCUGCAGCGGAACAGUGGCGUGGCCGAACACAACCGGCAUAACGAGUUCCGCUCCUACGAGGACCUGGUGGUCCACAUACCCAAAGACCACAAGCCUGGCACCUURCCCAAGGCCCUGUCCAUAGAGAGCCUCUCCCCCACCCUGGGGGCCUCCGUCCCCUGGCACAGUGGCAGCCUCAAUCCCCUGGAGCCCCAGUCCAACCCCAACCCCCGACCUAACUCUAACCCCAGGGAGUUCCACCCCCGCCCGGCCACCCAGUUCUGCCCACGGGGCAGUAGGAUCAGUGUGUACGACAACGUCCCUGGGUCUCAUCUCUAUGCCUCUACUGGAGACCUGCUGGACCUGGAGAAGGAAGACCUGUUCCCCCAUCUGGAUGACAUCCUGCAGCACGUCAACGGCCUGCAGCAGAUAGUGGACCGCUGGUCCAAGAACAUGCUGCCCUCUGCAGGCCUGGAUGGACAGGGGAUCCAGCCUGCAGGUUUGCAGUCUUCCAGCCAGAUCACGCUGGACUUUGAGGGGACGUCUGUUCUGGAGGGACAGAGCACAUCCAGUGACGGGGACAGAGACGGCGUGUCCCUCAUUGAGACUCACUGUACAGGACACAGAGAGAGGAGGGACUCAGGGGUGGGAGCAUCACUAACCAGACCCAACCGUCUGCGAUGGCCCAGCUUCCAGAUGUCCAACCGGCUCAGCCACUCAGUGGCCUCGCUCCAGAUCACCAACCAAUCAGCAGGCCAGCUCAGCCUGCUGCAGAAGUUCUCUCUCCUCCGCCUCACUGCCAUCAUGGAGAAAUAUUCCAUGUCCAACAAACACGGAUGGACCUGGUCCGUUCCAAAGUUCAUGAAGAGGAUGAAGGUUCCAGACUACAAGGACAAGAAUGUGUUUGGUGUUCCUCUGAUCGUUCACGUCCAGCGCUCUGGUCAGCCCCUCCCCCUCAGCCUGCAGCAGGCCCUCCGAUACCUCAGGAGCCAGUGUCUAGACCAGGUGGGUCUGUUCCGUAAGUCUGGUGUGAAGUCUCGUAUCCAGGCGCUGAGGCAGAUGAAUGAGUUCCCUGAUGAUGUCAGCUACGAGGACCAGUCAGCGUACGACGUAGCUGACAUGGUCAAACAGUUCUUCAGAGACCUGCCUGAACCUCUACUGACCAGCAAGCUGGGAGAGACCUUCCUGCACAUACACACAUAUGUUCCUAAGGACCAGCGGUUGCAGGCUGUACAGGCGGCCAUCAUGCUGAUGUCAGACGAGAACAGGGAGGUGCUCCAGAUGUUGCUCUGCUUCCUGUCUGACGUCACUUCCUCUGUGGAGGAGAACCAGAUGACUCCCAUGAACAUCGCUGUGUGUCUGGCCCCGUCCCUGUUCCAUCUCAACAUCCUGAAGAAGGACAACCUCUCACCCAGGGCCAUGCAGAGGAAGUACACAACAGGACGGCCCGACCAGAAGGACCUGAAUGAGAACCUUGCCGCGACGCAGGGACUCGCCCACAUGAUCAUAGAGUGCAACCGACUGUUUGAGAUUCCCCACGAGAUGGUGACUCAGUCCAGGAACUCGUACGCGGAGGCGGACCUUCACGCUCCCACCUUAGAGGACCUCUGUAGACAGCAGGAGGAGGAUGAUGCGUCCUACCAGACAGAGGCCAGACCCUGCCAGACACACUCAGAGACCAGACCGCAGAACCUGUACCAGAACUACGUAGAGAGCAGGCUGCAGGAGCUCCUGAAGGAGGCCAGGGAGAAGGCUAAGGGCUGGGUGUCCUGCACCAGCUCAGACAACACUGAGCUCUACUGUAAGAAGGUUGGUGAUGGGAACCCUUUGCGGCGGUGGCGUGUGGCGGUUGAGGUGGAGGCCCCUCCCUCGGUGGUGUUGAACCGUGUGUUGCGAGAGCGGCACCUGUGGGACGUGGACCUGCUGCAGUGGAAGGUAGCUGAGACUCUGGACAGACACACUGAGGUCUUCCACUAUGUCCUCAACCGCAUGCCCCCACACCCCAGCAGAGACUUCCUGGUCCUACGGUCAUGGAGGACUGACCUUCCCAAGGGGAUGUGUGCAUUGGUGUGUGUGUCUGUAGAACAUGAGGACUGUCCCCGGGUCGGUGGGGUGAGGGCCGUGGUUCUAGAGUCUAACUACCUUCUAGAACCCUGCGGCUCUGGGAAGUCCAGACUCACUCACAUCUGCAGGGUGGACUUCAAAGGGCGGAGUCCAGAGUGGUACAACAAGGCCUUUGGUCACCUCUGUGCUGCUGAAGCUGCUCGCAUUCGCAACUCCUUCCAACCAAUCAGCACAGAGGGGCCAGAGACCAAGAUCUGACACUAGAGUCUUCCAUCCACAGAGCUAGACCCACACAUACCUGGAGGGAACUAGACCCAACCUGGCCUGGCCUAGAGCUAGUGUAACCGAGUUGGAUUUGUAACCUCACUCCCCAGCCAAAAUGUCUCCACCCUCACUAUCGAACUGCUAACUUUUCGGUAUUGUAGUUGGCUAAGACGUUGUCAAGAUGCUAGU